AUUUCAUUUGUUUAUUGAAUCAAACUUUUUGUGUCAAAACAAUUGAUAAUAAAUGGCGCGAAGACUGUCACCAAAUGAGACCAAUUGAUGAGAUAUUAGUUGCUAUAAUAGACACCAAUUGACAGGUUAUGGCGGAAAAGCCCGAAGACUUCAAUAUGCCGUCUAAUGUGGUCGCGAAGAUCAUCAAAGAGUCGCUGCCCUCAGGAGUGAACGUGAGUGCGGACGUGAGGAGCGCCGCCUCCAGAAGUGCGUCCAUUUUCAUCCUAUAUGUGACCACUUGUGCCAACUCUAUAGCCAUCGCU